AUGACUUCCAGCAGUCGCAGUGAUUAUGAUUAUUACUACUCUUCUAGCUCCUCCUCUGAAGAGUAUUCCAAGACUUAUGCAUUCAAAGCUCGUGCCAAGAUGGUACAAUCAUCGAAGAAUGCUAAGAAAGUUAUGAAUGGUAUACACCUCGAUCACUCGAAAGUUACUCAUGAUAACUUCUUGAAGAGAAAGGCUGAGGACGAGAUGUUAGAUGAUUAUCGACAAGAGAGGGAACGGUUCCAGCGCAGGAAGUUUACAGCUGAGGAGAAACUUAGAUCUCGUGCUGACGGUGUAGCUUCGGAUUCAGAUGCUUCAGAAGACGAACCCGUGGAGAUUGAGCGAUUGGUUGAAGCUGAACUCGAAGCUGAGCGUGAAAAAGAAGAGUACUGGGAUAUGAUGUACAUCGAUCCUGAUGAGAGACUAGACUUCAUCAAUGGUCCUAACAGUGACUCUGAGGGAGAAUCUGACGAGGACUCUUCGAAAGACAAUAAUGAUGACGAAUCUGAUAAUUCUGACAAAUCUGAUGACGAAUCCGAUGCAUCUGAUGAUUAG